AUGAACAAAGGAAAGAACUACGUGUGGUUUGAUCCCUCAAUAAGGGGCAUUUUUGUCACUUACGACCCACAGUCACCAGGUGUCAGUUUUAAACAGGAUUCGACCCGGAUUCCAAAGUGGAAAUUGGGUCAGGUCAUUUCAAGGAAAAUGGGGGAAAAUGGCGUAAUCAUCCAUGGUGGAGGUGGAGAAAAAGCAACUUGGUUGUUUGAAAAAGGUUGUGGCAGGGAUAGAGGAAACAAAGGCGACGCACCUAGGCUGAAAGGAGAUGAAUGCAAUAGACUUAGGUUCAAAGGAGGUGGAGGCGAAAGACCGAGGCUUGGAUAA